UAGCAAAGCAGCAGAAGAAAGGGUCCACUACAUGAAAUCUUAUCUAGAGCCAACCAAUGGAUUCUCUCUCUCCUUUCCAUGUACAGCUCAAAACACUAUCCAUUUGUAAUUUGAAUUCCACUUCACAAAUGAUUGCUUAAUAAAAAUGUCAUCCCAUGUUUCUAAAUUUAAACAAAAUCCCAAGUGAAGUAACAGUCAUGGCCCAUUCCCUAAUCACAACACCAGCCACAGUAAGCUCCUCUUUCUUAACCAAAUCUAAGAAGAAGACAACUACCCACGUUCCAUCUCUAGGGUUUCAAAGAGUAUUGGCUUGCCAUAAAGACUCUAAGCCAAUCUCUGCUGGCAAUCCCAUUCAUCGCAGGACUGUAAGCCUUGGUUUGGCAGGUGGAUUGCUGGCCUUGAACAUUGGCCGCUGGAACGCUAAUGCAGCUCGAAGGCCGCCACCUCCACCACCGGAGGAGAAAAAGGACCCUAAUUUAAGUGGUGUGCAAGCAAAAGUCCUAGCUAGCAAGAAGAGGAAGGAAGCCAUGAAAGAGUUUGCGGCCAAACAAAGAGAGAAAGGAAAGCCCAUAAAUGAACCAUCUGAACAGCAAUAAAGAAAUUGUACUUGUUACGUCCAGCCUUAACAUUCAAAAAUUUUCUUGAGUGGAAGGGAAAUUGCUGCACUUCAAUAAAGAGUAAAUGAGAGAGAUUUCAUCAAUAUGCAAAUUUUCUGUUUUAAAUUUUCUAGAACAAGAAACAAGGAUAAUAAAUUCAACCAACAUUUUUUUU